AUGACGGACCAGGGCUCCCUUCUUGCGCCCAGUCGAACCAGAGAUGGCCGCGCUCUAUCGUCUGCGACCACGGCGGCCGCCAGCGUCAUGUCGCGGAAUGCCGCCUCGUAUGCGACAGCAAACACAGGGCCGGGCAGCUUCAACACGCAAUUGACGCCCACCAUCUCGGGCGAGUCGCGAGCGCGCCCGAGCUUCGACAUGCACGCCAUCACCGUGGACGACAACGACAACACCACCUCGGAACAGAGACAGGCCGAGCUGCAGGACCAGAUAGAGAAGGAGACCAAGAUCAGGAUCGGCUCGGAGAAUCUGCUGGAGGCUCUGACGGCGAAGAACGCCAAGAAAGAACAGCGCCUCCAGGUCGAGGAGCAGCUCAACAUAUCAAAUAGGAAGCUAGCGCAGCUCAAGUCAGGUCUGGCCGCAGAGAUUCAGCGAUCAAAGGACAUCAAAUCGCCGCCAGCGGAUCCCCAGAGCAGGCUGUCGUACCUGUUCCGACGCAACCUGUCACGGUCGCCAUCACGACAUGUCGCCAAGACCGAAGAGGAGGACGGCGACGAGACAGAAUCGCCGACUUUUGUCCUGGCCGAGAUACUGCAGGCACUUGAAUCACAGGGCAUGCAGCCCGAAUACUACGUCGAACGAGCGAACUCUCUGGUCCUGCUCUUUAAGAGACACGCGACACUCAAAUACGAUCUCGCAUGGUCAAUCUUCGGUCUACGCAUGCAGACGAUGCUGCUCAGCGACAGCCGCGAAGUGGUAGCAGCCGCCUAUCGAGUCAUGCGGUAUGCCUUCACAGAUCGCAAAUCCCUGCGCAUUGUGCGAGCACUGCAUACCGAUUACCUCGUCAUUUUGUCACUAGUCAAGGAGGGCAAAGCCAGCGUAGAGCGAGAACAGGCCAUGAAGUUUGUUCGCGCAUUCCUCGAUGUCAAGGACGGCGUGGAAGAGAUUUCACGCGCUGUAGUACGCAUCGUUGUCGCAGUGGCAGAACACGCCGACGAUCGUCUGAGGAACAUUGCGACGUUGACCCUUGCUGAAAUUCUUGUAAGAAAACCUUCUCUUCUCGUUGAUGCAGGUGGAAUGGGCGUGCUGGCGGACGCACUUGGAGAAGGCAGCUACCACGCCGCUGAGAGUGUUGGGGCUUCUUUCAUCUAUCUUCUUGACACACCACGCCGCCGGCGGCUCCUACGAUCUGGACGUGAGCUGGAAGCACCCUUUGCCAUGUUUACCGAUGCGAAUGCAAUUCAUGGACCUUCGCAUGAGGAGAAGCUGAAGGCCAACGCCAAAGUUAUCGCGUCCUUGUUGAGGAGCUGGCCCGGACUUCUCUCUUUAUGCAUGAACAAUUUCCUUCCCCUCCGCUCGCUUCUCUGGUCAUUGCAGAUCCCCACCCCUCAUGUUCGCAACAUCAUCCUAGAACUCUUGUUCGACCUUCUCCGAAUCAAGCCUCCAUCAUGGUCGUCAUCUUUUCUCGCAGGUCGCAGGCUCACUACCUACGGACGUGUCACCAACCUGAAAAACCAACAAAUCAAAGAAUCGUCUGCAUCUGGUUCAGACGACAACACGAACAAGUGGAGCUUACUGGAUCAUUAUGUCUCAGUCGUUCUUGCGGCUUUCCUGCAUGCAGGCCUAGUGCCAGCACUGCUGCUUGCAGAGCAAGAGUCUCUAACACAGGCUUUGAAACGGAAAACGAUACUGUUGAUUGGAGAGGUCUUGAAAAUGGCGAACGAGCUCCUACCGCCAGAUUGGAGUGCUCAGCUACAGGUCAUGCCGGAGCUAUUGCACUCCGCUGCGAAGUUUCAAUCGGAGGAUAGAUUCGUCGCAAUUGGCACAAUAUACCAGGUUGAUAGCGUCAACAGAACCUUGUAUCGCUCUGGUCCAACGACACUGUACAACAACAAAGCCACCACAAGCACAGACACUGAGGCAUCAGCUCGUCAGACUGAUUCGUCCAAAUUCCAAGCAGCAAUGCAGGUGGAUGAAACAGCUUUCCGUAAUCUCAUGGUCGAGACUCAAGUCCUGAACACAGUAUCGUUCCAGAAGUGGAGAUGGGAUGUCAUCAUGAAUAUCAUUCAAGGUCCGCUACACAACCCCAAACGCCUUGACGAAGCCAUAAAAGUCACAAAAUUCGUUCAUCGCCUACUUGGCUUUUAUCGGCCCUUCAAAUAUCGAUUUUCCGAAGUCAAAAACACAAAGCCAAACCAACGUUACGUCCGAGCAGGGUGUGCUUUGAUCGACACGCUUCUGCAGAGCCCUGAAGGCGUGAAACACCUAGGCGACAGCAAGUUCAUUCGACAGCUCGCUGAGUGCUUGUCGCACUUUGACAGAAUGAGCGGUUUGACCUCAGAAUCACCUAUCUUCCAGGCUGAUCGCAUGAAUGAGACAUUGACUGGUGGCUACUUUGCGCUCCUGGGUGCGCUGACGAAGGAUCAAAGAGGCAUCCAGAUACUGGAGCGAUGGAGAGUCAUCAACAUGUUCUACCACAUCGUAGAGCUCAACGACCGCGAUGAUCUGAUCAAGACACUUCUCAGUAAUAUGGACUACACUCUGGACGGCCAUAUACGCAUCAUUAUCUCGAAAGCGAUGACAUCAUGCUCAAAGGAGAUCCGAAUCUUUGCUACAAGAUUGUUACGCAGGUACGCAACAAAGCCAAUGCAAUUGACGGGGCCCCAGGGCGUCGCGGAGUGGGCAAUCAAGUUGCUCGUGACGCAACUUUACGACCCUGACGUAGAAGUGUGUGAAGUUGCCAUCAAGAUUCUAGAAGAGGCUUGCAACCAAACCGAGUCUCUUGAGUUUGUAGUGAAAUGCCGACCGGCUUUGGACCAUCUCGGCGAAAUUGGUGCUCCACUUCUUCUCCGGUUCUUGUCGACUUCCGUUGGGUACCACUAUCUAGACGGGCUGGACUACAUCACAAGAGAGAUGGACGACUGGUUCCUUGGGAGAAAUGAUACUUACGUGGCCUUGAUUGAAGCCUCGAUGGCGCGUGCGCUUGCCGACAUCCCCGAGAAGCCAUCGGCACAGUUAUCCUACGAUGACGCGCCGGAAAACCCUGAAUAUGGUCUUGUGCCGCCACACUUCUACCGCGAACUUACUAGGACGAAAGAGGGAUGUAAGCUGCUCAAGCAGAAAGGCCACUUCGACGAAUUCGUAGCCACAAUUCGUGACUUUGCGAUGGAAGAUGAUGAUCCGGAGAUUAUCGUCAAGGUCAAAGGCUGUCUCUGGGCCGUAGGCAACGUCGGGUCGAUGGAGCUCGGCGCCCCGUUUCUCGAGAGCUCCGACGUGGUACAAUGGAUUGUGAAAAUUGCAGAAGAGUCAGAAGUGAUGUCGCUCAGAGGCACGGCCUUUUACGUCCUAGGUCUCAUCUCGCGCAGUCUCCACGGUCAGGAGAUCCUGCUGGAACAUGGAUGGGACGGCGUCGUCAACGAUAUGGCACCCUGGAUAGCUAAGUCAGAAGACAUCAGCUGGUCACGCAAGACCGAAGUGAAGGUUGCCAUCACCGACGACGACCCUGUAAACGCUCGCAUAUUAAAGCUUGCGACUGAUCUUGGCAAUACGGUGCUAGCGAAGAAGGCUGCAAACGACUUGCAAGCGCCAUCCAUCUUCCACAAGGUUAUGCAGAUUCUAGAAGCGCAUCACUUCCGCCUUCCAGCGUGCCGGUUUGUUCUAGAUCUGUUUGACAAGCGGGUCCUGCAGCAAAUCGUGCUUGAGGAAGAAGACGAGGAGCAGGAUGACGACAGCAGCGAGUCAGAGUCAGACUCGGACAUGGAGCAGACGGAGACGAACGGCACGAAGGCAUCGUGA